CCGUUGUUGAGAAGCGGGCUGCUGGCUCGCAUCCCUGGUGCGGGAAGGUGGACGACAGAGGAAUGGGCUCGCGUACGCCUAGGGGAGGAGCUGGGGUACGGUAACUGGGGCUCAGUGCACACUCUGCAUCUCCCGUCCACCUCCUCCCGUAGCACACCCCAAGUCUACGCCGCCAAGCUCGUCCACUUCUCCACCGAACCCAAGACGGCCGAGAUCCGUCUCUGGGCACUGUGGAAAGAAUACCAGAUCCUGCGCUUUCACCUUCCUUCAUCCCAGCAGGCCCACCCAGUUGGGGGAGACACCCUCUGGGAGCUCUCGCAUAUCGCUCCAAGUCGAAGCACGGGCACUCAUCCCCCAGAUCCUUCCCUAGCAGGGCAGAGACAUCCAGCUAUCCUGGAUCCCAUCGCGUUUAUAGAACAUCCCCAAGGGGGAUGUAUGCUUAUGCCCCGCCUGCGCCGGCAGAUGCCGGUCUGUGUUAGGGAGGAUAAGGCGAGUCGGUGGUUUGCCGUCGUCCUGCAGGCGGUAGGGUGGUUACAUGAGAGAGGGGUGGUGCAUAAUGAUAUCAAACCAGCGAAUAUCAUGCUCUCGGAGAGGGACGAGCCUGUGCUCAUAGACUUUGGGUUUGCGCAACAUCAUCCGCCUGAAGAAGGGAGGUUCCUUUCCCAGCUCGCGUACGGGACGCCCGAGUACCUCAGUCCCGAACGAGCCCGUGGGAAGGCACACGAUACCCGUCUGUCAGAUAUCUGGUCGCUAGGAGUGACUUUCUUCGAAGUUCUUGUCGGGCGUACGCCGUUCGAGUCCACCCCUGCGCCUGCGGAUCCUGCCUCCCCUUACUCGCACGAGGAGGAACAGAAAGCCGACCCGGAUAUGAGCACUGCUGAAGGGCUCAAGACGUAUUGGGAUCGGACGAAUCGGGGGGAAUGGGUUGGGGAGUGGCGGAUGUCUGCAGGUCUGGAGAAACUGUUGCGGGGGAUGAUGUGCCCUCGCCCGGAGGAGAGGCCGUUUGCUGAUCAGUGCUUGCGGGAUGCGUACUUCUCGAGUAAUGAGAAGCCUGUUGCUCGUGAGUCCCGGUUUGCUACCAGUCUACCAGUGCGAUGUUCGCCCAGGCUGAAAGCGCGUCCAUAG